AUGGUUGCAUUUACCAAACGUUUAUAUACUGUCACUUAUCUGCUAAUUUGUAAUACGUGUGUUUCAUCAAUAUUUUAUUGUGUAGUGCAAUGUUAUAAUUAUGCUUUUCUUAAUUUUAUUCUUUGGGAUACUAGUGAUAUAUCAUGUCGAUGGCGUGGCUAUUUUGCUUAUAUGUCAAUUGUUGCCGUUAUUUAUUCUUAUUUGAUUCAAGCAAUAUCACGUUAUUUCUUUGUUGUACUCUCUAUGAACUAUCGAUGGAUAACUUCAUUAAAAAUACAUCUCACUCUGAUUACUGCUCAAUGGAUCAUUGCUAUACUCCUGCCAUUACCUGCUAUUGUUACUAAAGAUAUUUACUAUGCUCCGAAUUCACUUUGUUGGGUGCGAAAACAAUAUCCCAUUCAUGUUGCUCAUACAUUUCUAAGCUAUUACUUCUUGCCGACAAUAUGUAUUGUCGUUCUUUAUAUCUAUCUUUUUCGACGAGCAAAACGUAGUACGAAUAGUAUGUCGGUACGAACACUAGAGACAUCUCAACGACAAAAGCGUGAUAGUGACCUACUUCGUAAUAUUUUGAUCUUAUUUAGUAUAUAUAUAUUUGGUGGAUUUCCAACGCUUUUAUAUUUAAUUGUUGGAAGCAACAUAUUGUAUCGUAUAGCUCUCAUUUUUGUAGUGUUAACCGUUGUUGUUGAAAAGGCAGCAACCAUAUUUCUCGAUCGAGAAUUACGAAAAACGAUUAAGCAUAUUUUUCCUUGCUCAAAAAUGUCUGUCCUACCUGUAGAAACCAAUACUACUAACUCAAUACGUGCAGAAAAAACUAACAUACCAAUAAUCACAAUUAUGAAAUAA